AUGUUUCAAAGAUGGUUUGAGAUUUACGUGCCGAUUCUGCAGGGCCCUGGAACGUGUGAUCACAAUGCUGCAGAGAGGGUAAUAAACAUUGUGACAUCCCUGCCCUUCUUUGCGCUUGGCUGGCAGGCAUACAGGCAGGCGAAGUCAGAUGAGAGCAGGUUAUGGGGGGCAUCCAUAAUGGGUGUGGGAGCUGGUGCUGUGGCAUUUCAUGCUAGCUCAGGAGAUGCCCGACACUGGGGCCGGAAGCUUGAUUACUGGGUGAUCUCCCUUUCGACUGCGGCAUUGACAAGGGCGGUGUACCCAAAGGUGUCUGCACACAAGACAGCGGCCUCUCUUUUGCUGACUCCAAUGCAGCCUCUGGCAGUGACAUCGCUCAACGCUGCAGCGAUGGAGCUGGAAUUCUUGAAGCAGGCACGGAAGAACACGAAGCUCAGGAAUGCGCACAGGGUGCACAUGGCUACUACUGUUCUGGGGGCAGGAUGUUUUGUACUGGAGGACUUCAUGCCGACUCUGCCACUGAUCCACUCUGUGUGGCACGGCCUAUCUGCUGUGGCGCUUCAGACAACAAAUGCUCUAGUCGCCGAUGCUGACAGGAGGAGAUUGCAAGCCACUGCCGAGGGCGUUUGA